AUGACAGACGCAAAGCGAGGCAGAAAUGUGUCCUUUCACUGCAUCCCCGAAGAUCUUCAACUUCGCAAGGCGUGGCUGAUUGCGAUCAAGAGACGACCUCCGUUCAACAUCAGAACAGCCCGUGUAUGCUCAAACCACUUUAAAGAAAAUGACUUUUUAGUGAACAUUGCUAGUGGACGUAGAUUACUGCGUGAUGGCCAGUGCAAGGCCAGAAAGCCGCCGAGGGCGCGGUCUGUCCCGGGGAAUGAGUCUCCACUUCGCACCAUUUUUCCUGAAAACUGUCCGGCACCAGAGGACAGAGAAAAUGAAAACCCUGUGCAAGACGACAACACAGAAUCAGUCAGUUAUGCUGCAUCUGAACCCACAGAUGACAGUGCAGAGUCGGAAAAGGACAGGAAGAUCCAUAAACUUUGUGAGGAGUUGAGAGUCGCGAGAAACAAAAUUGUGACCCUGGAAAGAAGGGUUGACCUGCUCACAGAGAAGUGCAGACAGCUGGAGCGUGCGUCAGCUGAAUUUUCUUUGAACAAGUACAAGGACAACAAUGAUGACUUCCAAUUUUACACCGGCUUGCCCUCUUACUACAUCUUCAAGCAGCUACUUGAUUAUUUACAGCCUUACUCCACAAAAACAAAACACAAAAGCCGACACUGA